AUGACAAGCUAUAUCACGCGCGCGGAGCGCUCCGGGUCCAUCUUCUUUCGCGUCACCGGCUUGAUACGCUCCGGGCAACUGUCGUGGAACGAUCGGCCACUAUGGUACGACGUCUAUACGGCAUUCCCGCCCCUAAAAAGCCCGAGCUGGGACGCGAAGCACGAGAAACACGACGAGCCCGUCAGGAAGUUGAUGUACAAGGAGGAUUUGAUAAGAGCGAAAUUCUACCGAACCUACCGCCAAACGGCCGGCGUCGUGAACGUCAUCAGCGAGCAGGACAGCGUCUCCCAGCAGUUUAUCAACGAGUGGCAAGCGCAGAAGAAGCAGAACCCGGAUUCAAACGAUGACCAACUAUUCGACAAGACGACAGACGCGCUCGAGGCCCAAGGCAUCGCGCUACGGAAA